AUGGCUUUCUCUGAUAGGGGCUCGCUUCUUCAAGCUCCGAACAACCUAUACAAGUCAGCGAAAGUCCCUCAAACUCAAUCAAUAUCAACAACAUGUCGUGACCGGUUAGGCUUGGUUGAUUUUGUCAGAAAAGUAGGUUUCGGGGGUUCAUUGAUUAGUACACCUCUGGUGCUGGUAAGGUCGGGAUCGUGGUCGUCCAUCUCCAGUUUGCCGGCCGAUAAGAUCUCUGAGAUUGACCAGACAGCUGACUUGGUUUGGCUAUUCCUUUCUAUUGAAAAAGAGUCAGCUGUCUGCGCGAGUCACCUUCUUCUAGGCUCCGCUGGACGACACGGCAUUCUCUCGUACCGGCAUGGCCCCAUUGAUUUGUUUUCGAUCGGAGCAUCAAGCAGCGCAACCCGGUUCUACUUGACUAAGCCUCGUGCUCGUCCAAGGAGGGAGUUUGCUUUACCCAACUCCCUUUUUGAUAAUAAGGCAGAAACCCCCGACCGGACAUUCAUUAGUUUCGAAUGA